AUGGGGUGGCAGCGCACUGCCUCCUCGGGCCACGAUGAAAGAGACCUUGCAAACAUGCGUGGCCGUGCACAGUCAGAUAUCGAGAAGGAACCAUUACGAAUAUCACGACCCAGCGACGACUACGACGAUGACCCACUCUCCGCAAGCUCGUCACGGAGCGUUUCGUCCUCACACAGGUUGAACGUGGCAUAUUCAGGAAGACCACGCUCCUCGUUUCUUAUGAAGUCCCCGGCGCAGAUUGUACGAUACCUAUGCCUAGCGCUUGCGGUAGUGCUAGUUUUCUUCAUGUUUUCAUUGGUACAAAUGAGCAAAAGUUCAGCGAAACAAGUUGAGACUGCGAUACAGGAAAAGAUUCAGGAACAAGUGGCUCCGGCGAGACCUCCAGUCUGGGAGGAGUUUCCGUUCCUUGACAGAUACUAUGGAGGACUGCGAAGUCUGGUCGCACGGAAGGACAAUGUGCCCGAGUAUCCACAAACAGACGACGAAGGCGAAUACAAGGUGGACGAAAACAAGCCCGCGGAAGAGGACCAUCCCACCGAGAAGCGGCAAGAGGCAGCACUGCAAGCCAGCAUACCAUUUAACCCAUAUCCAGAUUACAAGUCGCCAGACUAUGUCAGCAAGCACGGUGAGAAGGUUGAUUGCUUUCUCGAUGAAGCAAACACCAUCUCUGUCCCGAGUGUGAGGGCAUAUGAGGGAGUACCGAAGGGCUUCCCUGACCCAGUCUUGGGCUCCGCGGAAAUGCUAGGUAUGCGCACUGACCUCUGCUUUGAACGCUUUGGAAGAUUGGGACCCUAUGGCUUAGGGUACAGCUUGAAUCGUGGGGGAAGUGGAGCUCAAUUGGAGGGAGAAAGGGAAGGGUCUGAUCUGGUAUGGCAAAAUGCGCCUGAAGUCGACUACCGAAGCGUAAAGUGGAUCGACGUACAAGAUCGUUGUCUCGCUGCCAAUGCUCACCGAUUCAAACAGCCACCAAAGCCUAAGACUGACAAGUUUCGAGCAAUGCCGAUCGGGGGUCUCUCAAAAAGAGAAGAAGAACCGAGCGAUUUCAAAGCUACGAAGCCAUCAGAUGAAAAGAAACCUGGCUCGGAUCCCUUAUCGCGCACAGCGGUCGUUAUACGAACCUGGCACGACUACCCUUAUACCCCAGAAGAUCUUAUCUACCUCCGUUCGAUCAUCUCCGAGUUGAGCAUCGAGAGUGGAGGCGAGUAUACGGUCCUCUUCCUGAUCCACGUCAAAGAUAACAACCUGCCCAUCUUCUCCGACGAUGAGACAUACGAGCGCGUCUUGGGAGACUCUCUACCCGAGGAAUUCCGUGGUAUGGGCGUAUUGUGGAAUGAAAGACAGAUGGAACUCAUGUAUGGUGGUCUUGAGGAGACUCACAUGCGUGACCUCCCGGUUCAUGGCGUCUACCGAAGCACGUUCAUGCCCAUGCAAUAUCUUGCUUGGACUCAUCCGGAAUUCGACUUCUUCUGGCACUGGGAAAUGGACAUCCGUACCACCAACCACUGGUACCACCUGUUCUCCAGCGUCGUCGAUUGGGCCCGCAAACAACCUCGUAAACUCCUCUGGGAACGGAAUUCGCGUUUCUACGUCCCUUCUAAGCAUGGCUCUUGGGACGACUUCAGUCACAUGGUCCGCAUUCAAACCGAGCAAGGCACCAAUUCCCCAAACAAUAUGUGGUCAGGUCUAGGAAAAGGCGACCGCACGCCCGGUGCCAGCGCGCAACACGGCGAUCGCCCAAUCUGGGGACCAGAACGCCCACUGGAUGACGAUGUUGCCUUUGAUGAUGACCCUGAGCCACCCACCUCCUUUGAAAAAGACAAGUAUACCUGGGGCGUCGGAGAGGAGGCCGACCUAAUCAGCUUCAACCCGCUUUUCGAUCCUGAUGCCACAACCUGGCUGCUCGCCGAGGACACUACUGGCUACAACAAGACCCGUGGACAGCCUCCACGCCGUACUGCCAUCAUCACCGCUUCCCGUCUGAGCCGCAAGUUGCUCGUCAACAUGCAUAAAGAAACCGCGAAGAACCGACACACCAUGUUCUCGGAAAUGUGGCCCGCCAGCUGUGCUCUGCAUCACGGUCUUAAAGCCGUCUACGCGCCUCAUGCCGAGUACAUUGACCGCCGAUGGCCCGUCGAGUAUCUCGAGUCGGUAUUCAACGGCGGUCGAAACGGCGCGACAGGCGGUACAAGAACGAGCGUCUUUGGCGACCGAGAGCACAACUUCCGCGGCACUACUUGGUACUACAACGCCGGCUUCCCAGAGGUGCUGUGGCAUCGUUGGCUGGGAAUGCGUUUCAACAACGACGGCGGCGAGCAGACUGAGGUGAGCGGUGAGGGCAGAAUGUGCUUACCAGGAAUGCUCUUGCAUCCCGUCAAACGGGUGGAGCUGGUCCAAGAGGGCCUGAGGGCGGACUAG